UGAUUGUUAGUGUGUUCUGUGGUCGCAACUGUCAAAGAUAGGUUAGCUGCUGAUGUACAUAAAUAUAAAUAUUGUUUUCAAAGAUACCUCUCUGUAAUUUUCUAUUCAGAAAUUGAAGAAGUGUUUCCUGAACCGUGAAUUUUCUUGUCUAUUAGGAUCUAGAUCCUAUUCGAAAAAAUGUUCGUAGUGUAUAAUAAAAAUAUACUUUUCCAAUCAGGACAGUGUUCAACUUACGAAGAUAUUCACGAGAAAGUAUGGAAAUUUUUGAAUUUGUCGAGGGAUGAUAUUUACUUGGAACAAAAUGGGAAGAAGUUGAGUACUGAUGCGGUCAUUGAUGAUACAAAAGAUGUGAAAGUUAUUUUACGAUUAAAUGGUGGUAAAGGAGGCUUCGGAUCUAUGCUUAGAGCUAUUGGGGCCCAGAUUGAGAAAACAACAAAUAGGGAGGCUUGCAGAGAUUUAAGCGGUAGAAGACUGAGGGAUAUUAAUGAAGAACAAAGAUUGAAAAAUUGGCUUGCUUCUAAAGCUGAAAGAGAAAAAGAAGCAGCAGCUAGAAAAAAGAAGAAACUGGAGAAGAUGUGUGAAGAACCUAAGCAUGAAUUUAAGGAUGAUGCUUAUUUCAAAGAACUUUCCGAAUUACCGAAAAGAGUUGAAGACGCAGUACUUCAAGGCCUUGAAGCAUCUUGUAGCUCGAAACGUUCAGCAGAAAAUGAUAACAAAAAGCAGAAUAAGAAGAGAAAGUUAUGGCUCGAUGAUGAUCUUGAAGAAUUAAGUUCAUCAGAUGAAGAUAGCACUGAUUCUGAGAAGAUUGAUGAAGCAGAAAAAUCAGAAAAUUCAACGCCUGAAAACGAUAUUGAGGAGGAAAAAAGUGAUGCAAAGUUGAUUGCUGUUUGAGAAUGAAGUUUUUAUUUCUAUUGAAUGUGGAUCACUUUGUCAUUUAAUUUCUCUGUAAAUAUUAUGUAUAAAUGUAUAAAAUGUAUAAACUA